AUGGCAGGAGAGAGAGCAACCCCUCUGCUGAAAGAUGAGUUAGACAUAGUGAUUCCCACAAUAAGAAACCUCGAUUUCUUGGAGAUGUGGAGGCCAUUCUUUCAGCCAUACCAUCUCAUCAUAGUUCAAGACGGCGACCCUUCUAAAACAAUCAAAGUCCCCGAAGGCUUUGAUUAUGAACUCUACAAUCGCAAUGACAUCAACAGAAUUCUGGGCCCUAAGGCUUCUUGCAUCUCUUUCAAGGACUCUGCUUGUAGGUGCUUUGGCUACAUGGUCUCCAAGAAGAAGUAUAUUUAUACCAUUGAUGAUGACUGCUUUGUUGCCAAAGACCCAUCCGGCAAAGAUAUCAAUGCUCUUGAGCAGCACAUAAAGAAUCUCUUGAGUCCAUCCACUCCGCACUUCUUCAACACUUUGUAUGACCCGUACAGGGAGGGUACAGAUUUCGUUCGUGGGUAUCCUUUCAGUCUGCGUGGGGGUGAACCAACUGCCGUUUCUCAUGGCCUUUGGCUCAAUAUCCCUGAUUAUGAUGCGCCUACUCAACUUGUUAAGCCCCGUGAGAGGAAUACCAGGUACGUUGACCUCGUCAUGACAAUUCCUAAGGGAACCCUCUUCCCAAUGUGUGGUAUGAAUUUGGCAUUCAACCGUGACCUGAUCGGACCCGCAAUGUACUUUGGACUCAUGGGAGACGGUCAACCUAUUGGGCGAUACGAUGACAUGUGGGCUGGCUGGUGCACCAAGGUUAUAUGCGACCACUUGAAUCUUGGCAUCAAGACAGGUCUGCCUUACAUAUGGCACAGCAAGGCCAGCAACCCUUUUGUGAAUCUGAAAAAGGAGUACAAAGGCAUCUACUGGCAGGAAGAAAUUAUUCCAUUUUUCAAGUCUGUGACCCUUCCGAAAGAAUGCAUAACUGUUCAAGACUGCUACCUUGAACUGUCCAAGCAAGUGAAGGCCAAGCUCUCCUCCAUAGAUCCUUACUUCACUAAGCUAGCAGACGCUAUGGUCACAUGGAUUGAAGCUUGGGACGAGCUCAACCCAUCUGGAGACGCUUCCACCAAGCUCGCCAAUGGCGCUGCAAAAUAGACUCAUUUAUAGUUAUUUAAUUCGGUAUUUAUUUUUUGUCCUGAGUUGGUUAGGCAUUAUUUCAUAGUUACGAUUUUGUUGAGGAACAAGUUGAUAAUGUUUUGAAGUUGACCUCAAGCAUUUGGUUUGCUGCUUUUCUUAAGAUUAUUUCGAUUCUUGAUAUUGGUCAUGUCAAUUGCUCGCUACCACAACAUUUCGAUGAGGAUUUAUACCAAGAUUUUAAGGUUUUUGAGUUA